AUGAUCACAAAAAACACUUCUUGUUUGAUGUUCUGCGUGUUGUUUUUCCUAUGUUUCUCUGUAAACCUUAAUCUCUCCGAAGGAGCUGACAGCAUCACAGCAAACCAAUCUUUGUCUGGUGUUUUAAACCAGACAAUUGUCUCGGCUGGAAGGACUUUUGAACUGGGAUUCUUCACACCAGGUAAUUCUGCCAAUUAUUAUGUUGGAAUAUGGUACACAAAUGUUAGUCAACGGACCAUAGUUUGGGUAGCAAAUAGGGAGAAACCGAUUUCAGACAUUAGUUCUGCAGAACUAAAAAUUUUAGAUGGGAAUUUGGUGCUUGUGGAAAAAUCCAAGGAUCUGAUUUGGUCCACUAAUAUAAGUUCGACAACCUCAAAUUCUGUAGUGGCAACCCUAAAUGAUUAUGGGAAUUUAGUUUUGAGAGACGAGUCAGAACCUAGGACAAGUGAAGGAUUUUGGCAAAGUUUUGAUCAUCCAGCUGAUACAUGGUUGCCUGGGGCCAAAAUUUCUUAUGACAAACGUACGAGUAAAAAGCAGCUCCUCAUUUCUUGGAGAAAUUCUGAGAAUCCGGCACCUGGGCUUUUCUCCCUCGAAUUAGAUCCAAAUGGGAGUCAGUAUAUUAUAAGAUGGAAUAGGACAGAACAGUACUGGGCUAGUGGAGCUUGGAAUGGGUAUAUUUUCAGUUUAGUCCCUGAAAUAAGUCUGAAUUAUAUUUAUAAUUUUAGCUAUGUAGAUAAUAUUAACGAGACUUAUUUCACUUAUUCUCUUUUUAAACCUACGUUUAUAUCGAGAUUUGUGAUGGAUGUUUCGGGUCAACUUAAGCAGACAUCAUGGUCUGAAAGUUCGGAGGGGUGGAAUUUGUUAUUGUCUCAACCUAGGCAGCAAUGUGAGGUGUAUGCUUAUUGUGGGGCAUUUGGUACCUGCAAUCAGAAUUCAUGGCCCUUCUGUAAAUGUUUGCCAGGAUUUAAACCCAAGUUGGAAAAUGAUUGGAAUUUGACGGAUUAUUCGGGUGGCUGUGUAAGAGAGAUCGAUUUACUGCAGUGUGGGAAUGGUAGUACUUCAUCGGGUAGGAAAGACAAGUUUUUGCAGAAUCCCCAAGUCAGUUUACCUGUAAAUCCUCAAAACGUUACGGCAGGGAGUGCUGGAGAAUGUGAAUCUGUCUGCUUGAAUAAUUGCUCUUGUACAGGUUAUUCUUACAAUGGCAAUACAUGCUUGGUUUGGAUUGGGGAAAUAAUGAAUUUGCAACAACUCCCGGAAAAUGAUGGCAGUGGGAGAACUAUCAAUGUUCGGCUUGCUGCCUCUGCUCCUCAGUUAUCGAGCAAGAAGAAGAAUGAAUGGGUUCCAGUAGGCGCUAUUGUGGGUUCUGUUGCUGUUGUUACGAUGCUCUUAGCCAUUGUUGGGGUCGUGAUCUGGAGACGUCGAAGCCAUAUACUUGGAACUGCAAAAGCAGUCAAGAGAUCGUCUGUAGCAUACUUGGAGUUUGGGAGAGAUAAUAAGAAUGAUACCGGUGUUCCUUUCUGCAGUUGGAAAAGUAUAUUAGCAGCUACAGAAAACUUUUCAGACGUACACAAAAUAGGGCGAGGGGGAUUUGGACUUGUUUACAAGCAAUGUGAGGUGUAUGCUUAUUGUGGGGCAUUUGGUACCUGCAAUCAGAACUCAUUGCCCUUCUGUAAUUGUUUGCCAGGAUUUAAACCCAAGUUGGAAAAUGAUUGGAAUUUGACGGAUUAUUCAGGUGGUUGUGUAAGAGAGAUCGAUUUGCUGCAGUGUGGGAAUGGUAGAACUUCAUCCGGGAGGAAAGACAAAUUUUUGCGGAAUCCCCAAGUCAGUUUACCUGAAAAUCCUCAAACCGUUAUGGCAGGGAGUGCUGGAGAAUGUGAAUCUGUCUGCUUGAAUAAUUGCUCUUGUACAGGUUAUUCUUACGAUGGCAAUGCAUGCUUGGUUUGGAUUGGGGAAAUAAUGAAUUUGCAACAACUCUCGGAAAAUGAUGGCAGUGGGAGAACUAUCAAUGUUCGGCUUGCUGCCUCUGCUCCUCAGUUAGCGAGCAAGAAGAAGAAUGAAUGGGUUCCAGUAGGCGCUAUUGUGGGUUCUGUUGCUGUUGUUACGAUGCUCUUAGCCAUUGUUGGGGUCGUGAUCUGGAGACGUCGAAGGCAUAUACUUGGAACUGCAAAAGCAGUCAAGAGAUCGUCUGUAGCAUACUUGGAGUUUGGGAGAGAUAACAAGAAUGAUACCGGUGUUCCUUUCUGCAGUUGGAAAAUUAGUGGAAAGAGAAAUACAGGAUUCUAUCAGUCCACAGAAGCACUGAAUCUUUUAGGUUACGCAUGGAGAUUGUGGAGUGAAAACAAGGCACUAGAUUUACUGGACCCAAUGAUGCUUGAAUUUUGCGAGAAAUCUGAAGUUGUCAAUUGCAUAAAUGUUGGGCUGUUGUGUGUGGAAGAGGAUCCCAUUGAUCGCCCUACCAUGUCAAAUGUAGUUUUGAUGCUUAGCGGCGAAAUGACAGUUCUUCCAGUCCCUAAACAACCAGCUUUUCUAAUGAAAAAACGUGUUUUUAGAACAUCGUCCUCGACCUCUAAUAAACCAGAUUCAAUCUCCAAUGAGUUGACGAUGUCUGUGCCACAAGGGCGAUGA